AUGGCUCCCUCUGCUUUGAUCGCCACCGAGCCCCUCCGCUCCUUCCUGCAAGCCCUACACGGCCAAUCUCUCACGCAAGAAGCAGGCGUGGAAUGGUCCACCCUGCCUCCGCAAACCAGCGAUGCCUUCGACGACAUCAUGCGCGACAAGUUCAUCGCACUUGACCAGGAUAAAGCCGAGCUGAUCUACCAUAUCCUGCGCAGCAUCAAGGCCACGACCGUCGUCGAGGCCGGGACUAGCUUCGGCGUGAGCACCAUCUACCUGGCCCUGGCAGCCGCGCAGAAUGCGCACGCUGAAGGUAAAACCGCCCAGGUGAUUGCCACUGAAAAGGAACCUUCCAAGGCAGCGCGGGCCCAGGAGAUCUGGGCACAGGCCGGGAAGGAGAUCAAGGGCGUGAUUGAUCUGCGCAUUGGCGAUUUGCGCGAGACUCUUACGAAGAAUCUCGGCGAGGUGGAUUUCCUGUUGUUGGACAUCUGGACACCUCUCGCGCUCCCCGCACUCCAGGCCGUACAGCCGCAUCUCCGGCGCGGGGCAGUCAUCAUGGCGGAUAAUACUCUCAAGGCUACCGCGGGCUACCAGGAUCUGUUCAACUACGUUGAUGCCGAGGGCAGUGGAUUUAAGAGAGUGACUCUGCCCUACGCUGGUGGACUGGAUAUGAUUGUCUAUCAGUAA